CUCUGUUUUUGAUUUAAUCUGGAGUUUGUAGCUCAUGGUCAUGCAGCGUUAUUCUGAGGUCUAAUGACAUUGCAUUAAAUCAGUGUAUUGACUAGCCUGCAUUACUCGGAAACGGGAAAUUGGCGUUUUGCACUUCAGUUUACGGAUAGUAGAGCUUAUUAUCCUCCGUUUGCAGCGCUUAGGGAUCCUAAUGCGGAUUAAGGCAUUCGGCGUGAAUCCGGAAUAUAACUGUGGAUGUUGUUGAAAACUUUAGGUACUAAACUUUAUGGACGUCAGGGAUAUGGACGCAUCUGUAAAACCACCGACAGGCAGAAGGAUGAAAGCCAGAGCCCCUCCUCCACCAGGCCCCCCCCAGCCUGCUCCCCGCAAAAUUUUCUCCACCACCCGUAACGUCGUACCGGACGGGGGCGGACAGGCUGGGGACAAGAAGGAGAACAUGGCUUAUCCCAUGGUGGACUUUCGCAUCAGCCUCCCUGGAGGAUUCCAGACUGAUGGGACGACGGACGGCAGCAAAGCACUUAUGGACCUGCUGGUGGACCUGUGCGGCCGGUACCACCUGAACCCGGUCCACCACACCCUGGAGCUGCUGUCCCCCGCGGGUCAGCCUGUUCCCUUCAAGCCCAAUGCACUGCUCGGCAUGCUGGAUGUGCGCUACGUCCUCAUCAAAGAGAAGGUUCCGGAAGGCAGAGUGAUCCGGAAGCCCCUGCCCCGAGUGCCGGAGAAAACUGUACGUCUAGUGGUCAACUUCCAUAAGAACCAGAAGGCGGUGCUGCGGGUCAGUCCUCAGGUGCCACUCGGCAGCCUGGUGCCGGUCAUCUGUGAAAAGUGUGACUUCGACCCCGACCAUGUCAUCCUGCUGAAGGAUAACAUCAGCAACCACGAGAUGGACCUGGACAAGUCUCUGGCCGAGCUGGGCAUCAGGGAGCUCUAUGUGCUCGACCAGAAGCUGGUUCUUCCGUCCAAAAUGUCUUCAGCACCUGUCCUGAACUACUCAGGAUCGAUCCGCUCCGACAAUCUCAGUGACGACAGCGAGGAGAAGAAAGGCCUCCUGGGGUUCCUCAAAUUCAAACGGCGGAAAUCAAAGAAUGUCAGCCCUGCUCCGGCCCCUCCCUGCGUGGAGGUACGCCCCAACACGCUCGGCCAGUCUCAGUCCGUCAUGAACGUCUCCCGGACGUCCCCGAAGACCGAGGUGAAGAAGAGGCGGGCCCCCCCGCCGCCCCAGGCCACGCCUACCCCAUCCACACUGCAGUGCUUAGUGGAAACCUAUGAGGUGCACUCCAGCUCCCCGAACAGCAGCCAACAGAAAAAGAGGAAGGCCCCGGCGCCCCCCCCGACCCCGGGCCCCCAGGCUGAGGACUCCACCAGCCACAGCAUCCUGUGCAGCAGCAGUGGGGGCGACGGCAGCACUGGAAGCAGCACCAGCAUCGGUAGCAGCCUGGGGGCAGCAGAUUUGGCCCCCUGUGGCCAGGAGGAGGAGCCUGAUGUGGUGCUCGAUGCCACACCUGAGGCGACAGAGCCAGGCCUUAUCGAGAGGCCGGAGGAGCCAGAGAACAUCCGGCACAGCGCCACAAGUGCUGAGCGGCAGGUGCUUCUGAAACCCCGACGAAUCCCCACGAGGGAGCCGCCCACCCUAACAAUCCCCCCUCCCCCACCUGACACGCCCCCUCCCGUACAGCAGGACUCCCAUGAUGCUCAGCUGGAGGCGGCCCCCCAGUCUUGGCUCCGCACUUUGCAGGAUGGAGAGCCAGGUCUGGCUCCGGAACCGGAACCGGAGACCGCGUCGGUGGCGAGCAGCAGUGACGGCACCAGCAGCCUUCCGGACCAGGGUUACGCCCCCUCUGAGGGCAUGCCUGAAGACGCCUAUGUGAGCUCGCCCUCUGAAAUCGCCCACCCAGCUUCUCCCAGCGGCGGCGUGUCCCCAGACAGCCAGCCGGGUCACACUCGAAUUCCACCCAGGGACAGCUCCAGUGACAGCGAUGAAGGCUGCGCCACAUGGGGGUCCCGACACAGGCACAGUAAUGAAAUUCACCCAGGGGAGGAAUCAGGCAGAAAGAAGGACACCUAUGAGGAUGACUUGAAGAUCACCGCCCAGCUUCAUGAGACUCUGGCUGAGCUGGAUGCUGGCCUAGCAGAUGUUGAUCACAUAGAUCAAGCCUCAAUAUGUGAGUCCUCUACAUCAGAUAAGUCUUUAGAUGAGGUCCCUGUGUCAUUUUUGGACUUGGAAGUGCCAGUGACGACUAUCAAUGAAGUUGUGGACAACCUAGAGCCUAGUACAGCAAAUUACAAGGUGUCACCAUUGUCUUGUAUGCAAAAUGUCAUCAUUGGAAAUCACAUUCCUAUCUAUAAGCCACAUGGCAGUGUAAGAGUCAAAGAUGGCAGUGUAAGAGUCAAAGAUGGCAGUGUAAGAGUCAAAGAUGGCAGUGCCAUCACCAAGUACGGAGACAGCUUGGGAUUUCCUCAUGCAGCACUAGGUGAUAGGAUGCCUGAAGAAAGACUCAACAACAGCAGCAGAAGAAAGGAGGAAGCCAAAGAUGAAACGACAGUGAUCCCAGUGACAGAAAUCCAAGAUGGCGCGUGGAAAGAAGAAACUGCUGUAUUUGCAUCCUCCGCUCAAGACAUAACCGAUAACUCGUCAAGAAAUCAAAGGUGCCUGGGCGCUACUAAGGGCUAUACCAGUCAACCUCCUAAGGAAACUGAGGCAACCGUCCCCAUGAAACGACAAAUGGCACAAAACACCAUAACCCCGAAUCCCAGUUCCCGGUAUGGCUUAAAGACCUUCACCGUUGUUCCCCCGAAGCCGACAGUGACACAGAAUUCAGCUGGCUCUUUGGUUAUCGGUGCCAUUAAAAUCGAUGCCUUAGGAAAUAUGGUCUCGCAAGACAAUAAACACAGAAGAUCUCUGGGACCUGAAGGUGACACAGAGAUGGGGAAAGCCAAGGUCUUUUGGACGUCAACGAAGCAGCAAGAUACAGUACCUUGCAAUAGGGAUGUUAAAACAAAAGAUCUAGAGAUCUCCAAGCCAGCACCUGCAGAACCAUUGAAGGCCACUGUUGAUGGAACACAGAGCAAGAGUUUGUUUACAGAUCCCAAAGAGCAGUUUGUAAAACCGAUACAUGAGUCUGACCAAAAGAGAGACCUAUCCUUUUUAAAACCGUCGAGAAGAACGUCCAGCCAGUAUGUGGCUUCUGCCAUAUCCAAGUACACUAGAGGGCCUCCGACCGGAACUAAGAGAAUUCUAGAGUUGAAUGCAGCAGCUGACUUAUCAGUCUCCAAGCAAGAGUUCUCUGGCACAAAAAGCUUUUCAAAUAGCAAUAGAUUUGAAGAAAUGCAUUCAAAUAACUCAACACGCAUUGAAGACUCUGAACGUGUGUUAGAAGUGAAAGGAAACAGCAACUCGGUUCCGGUGACCAAUCCUAAUCGUUCCCUGAGUUUCCAAGAACACACCAAUUAUAAAGUCAAAAAUACAAGAGCGAAACGAGAUGAGAACGCCUCGUUGCCUGAAGAAGGAGGCAAAAAUACGGGGAAAGCUAAUUCCAGAAACACUGUACCCAGGCAACAGUCUAUUACAUCUACACAGCAGCUAAAGUCUCCCGCUAAAGCAGAACUUGCCAUUUCACAGUCCGUCUACAGCUCUGUCCCUGCACAGGAUGCUAUGGAUGCCAAUAGUCUUGUAUUGGACAGGGAGUCUGACUCUUCGGCAUCUACUGCCGCCUCUACAGAAGGCUGUCAGCCAGGCGUGUUUGGGCCUGUCACAAAGUUCAAACCUGUCAUAAUGAAACCCAUUCAGAAGGAAACUUCACUGCACAUCACUCUCAUGGAGGCUAUCCAGUCCGGUGAUGGGAAGGAACGUCUCAGAAAGGUGUCUGGUGCAGCACAGGAAAGCACUUCCACAUCCCUGUCGUUUGUCACAACUGAAAAUGAACAUUCUGCACUUUUAGCAGCUAUAAGAGCUCAGAAUAACUCCACAAGACUUAGGAAGACAAAAUCUGAAGCAGCAUCUGAGCUGGAGGGGUACAAGAAGGCUGAAUUGGGGGGCACUGCGCUGCCCGAACACCUGCCUCCGCCCCCUGCCUUUGCACCCCCUCCUCCACCUGUGCCUUACGUACCCUCCAUGGUGAGCUCAGCACGGAACCCUCCGGAAGGUGCCAGAGAGGCUCUCCUGGAGGCCAUCCGUUCAGGGUUUGGAGCUCAGAGACUAAAGAAGGUCCCUGUCCCCAAAAAAACAGUGCUUGUGAAUGGCAGACUGGGGAAAAUUCGGGCAUCGUCGUCAGUCCUGCAAGGGUACGAGAAAACAUCAGAAUCUCGUCUGCAGCAUUUGCAUAAGCCGUUUCACGGGACAUCCACAAGCCAAUAGAUACUCUCCAUUCUCCAAUUACUUGUCUACUCAUACAUUUUAUAUAUUUGAGCAGCCUGUGUUAGUUGUUCAGAAAGAUGCUGGACAAGAAGAUGCCAAUAAUUGUUGUUUAUGUUGUAUGCAAAGAUUGACGCACUUUUCAAAUAUUUCUUAAAUAUUGAGAUUUUAUUUAUCCACUCUUUUCAGUUGGGGAAUUAAUGUUGAGUUGGUACAGUGUAAUUUGUGGCUGUAUGAGUCUGUUUCCUUGCUGAAGUUCCAGAGUAACACCUACCUGCCAAUCACAGUUUAUAAGACCAAUUCAGAUUAUUUCUGAAUUUGCAUAUAUUGAAAUUCAGGGAACAUCUUCCACCUUUCGUACAAGCAGAUUUUGAUUGUUUUGAAUUAUUUUUACAGCCAAUUUGUCAUUUUAUUUCAUGUAAAAUGUAAAAAAUGAUCCCAAAAUGCACAAAUCCUGCCCCUUCUAAUCCUCUAGCUCAGAGGUGUCAAACUCCAGUCCUGGGGGGCCAGAGGCCUGCACAGUUUUUGGUUCACCCUCAUUUAACACAACCUGAUUCAACUCCUUGUGCUAAUUAUCACACAGCUCUUGAUCUGAAUCAUUUGUGGUGGAACAGGGAAAGAACUAAGCUGCACAGGGCUCCGGCCCCCCAGGACUGCAGUUUGACAGCCCUGCUCUAGCUGGUCACUUCAAAAUGAUCUACAGUGUAUUUUGUUUCUAUUAGCAAAACAAAAGUGUGCAUCUUUGAAGAAUAUUUUUGUUCAUUGAAGUUGGAUGAAGACGUUUGUCUUUUUGAGUGGAAUAUUAUGAAAAUGUAAUGUGAUUGUUCAUGGAAAGGAGGUUAAUUGAUCAUUUGCCUUGUACAUAUUUACUUUCUCUGAAACAAUAUUAGCACAUUGAAGCUGUAAAAAUGUAUUAAUGUAGAACAGUGGCUCAGUCUGACUACUAAAUCAAAGUAUUAUUAAUAACGGAGUUCUUCCAAAUUAUUUAAAUCUAUGCCAUUAUUUUUAUAGUACAUACUGUACACAAAAUGUUUAAUUGAAGACCGAGCGUGAAAAACUGGUCUGAGGACAUAUCUGUAAGCGGGGAUGUUUGCGUAUAUUAAAUAUUGGUAGAUGUCUUUAGGAUGCUAAUAUCCUAACAUAAGAUGUUAGGACUGCAUGAUGAAGUGGCCUGGUGGCUUGAAGAAGUGCAAUUUUUUGGGGUGUUUUAUUUUGGGUGCAAAUAUUUAAUAUGAGGAAAUAAAUCGUGGGCCAAUAAUGAGUACUGAGCGUAAAUACAGAAAUAUGUAAGGAGAUUAUGAAAUGUCUCUGCUAACAGGUUUGCCAGUUGUUAGAACAGACUCACUGGUCCAUAUAUAGAUAUAUAGAUACAUACACACACAUAUAUACACACAUCUUUGUUGGAAUCACUCAUUCAUUUCUAUGGGCAUAACUCUAAUCCCAACAAUGACAACCUUAACCCAUAACCAGCCCUAACC